AUGACGACGACGACGUUCCGACCGGAGCCGUUGAAAAAUCCACUCUCAGACCACUCUCGGUCUAUCGAGUUCGACGAUUUAAUAUCGCUGCAACGGGUGGGCCACGACGUCAGUGCCUACCUGUACGGCACGACUGGCCGGACUCUGGGCGGCGGCGGCGGAGAGAGGACGUACAAAAGACACGGUCCUUCGGAACGCUAUCGGAACAACACAGCUCAACUCGCUCGCAGGUCGCCGUCGUAA